UGCUUCUUUUAUGUCAUUAACCCCACUGCCUCCUCUUUCACUUCUUCAAGCAUCUUCUCUACACACAUCCAUUUCUGCUUCAUCUAGCUUCGACCUUCAGUUUGUUCUGUGACUGAAAGCUAGCUAUGGCAUCAUGGGUUAGAGCUGCUUCAAGCAUAUCAAAACUUGGUCCUCCCAGAAGGAGACUUCUUUCAUUACAGACCAGAAAGUUUCACACCACAAACUUCAACCAGAAGGCAGCACAGCAAGCUUCAGCUUCAGUGCCUCUUUCAAAGCUCACAGAUAGCUUCUUAUAUGGCACAGGCAGUGCCUAUUUAGAAGAGCUUCAAAGAUCCUGGGAAUCUGACCCUAAAAGUGUGGAUGGUUCCUGGGACAUCUUCUUCACAAACUACCUUGGCCAGAAAAAAUCCAUCAUUUCUUCUGAAAUCUCAACCCAGACAAUCCAAGACAGUAUGAGUCUAAUGCUGUUAAUAAGAGCCUACCAAGUGAAUGGUCACUUAAAGGCCAAGCUUGACCCUUUAGGAUUGGCUGAGAGAGACAUACCCACAGAGUUAGAUCCUUCAUAUUAUGGGUUUUCUGAGAAUGAUUUGGACAGAGAGUUUUAUGUGGGGGUGUGGAAGAACAUUGAUGGGUUUUUAGCAGAGAACCGACCGGUUCAGACACUGAGGGAGAUAGUGAGGAGGCUUGAGGAGGUUUAUUGUGGGAGCAUAGGGUAUGAGUAUAUGCACAUUAGUGAUUAUGAGAAAGUGAAGUGGCUGAGAGACCGGAUUGAGACACAACAAGCUGAGAAAGUUGAAUUGGAUCACCAUCACAGGCUUGUGCUUCUAGACAGGAUUGCUUGGAGCUUGAUGUUUGAGAUUUUCUUGGGCACCAAGUGGUCUUCUGCCAAGAGGUUUGGGCUGGAAGGAGCAGAAACUCUGAUUCCAGGCGUGCAAGAAGUGAUCGACAGAGCAGCAGAUUUUGGAGCAGAGAGCGUAGUUCUGGGCACAACCCACAGAGGAAGAGUCAAUGUCUUAGGCACAGUCGUCAAAUUGCCUCUCAGAAGAAUCUUCUGUGAGUUCAAUGGCACUCUAAACUCCCCCGAUGUCACACAAUUUACCGGCACUGGCGACGUCAAGCACCACAUCGGUGCCUCCUACGACCACACCACCAUUAAUGGCAGAAAAGUCCACAUCUCCAUCCCUCCAAACCCUAGCCACUUAGAAGCAGUAAACCCAGUAGUCGCAGGAAAAACCAGAGCCAAACAAUAUUACUCAAAUGACACAACCAGAACAAAAAACAUGAGCAUUUUGAUUCAUGGAGAUGGAAGCUUGCCUGGACAAGGUGUGGCUUAUGAGAAUCUGCACUUGAGUGCUCUUCCUAAUUACUGUACUGGCGGGACUGUGCACCUUGUGUUGAACAACCAGGUUGCCUUCACCACCGAUCCUGUUUCUGGAAGGUCUUCUGAGUAUUGUACUGAUAUUGCUAAGGCGUUUAAUGCUCCUGUGUUUCAUGUUAAUGGCGAUGACAUGGAAGCUGUUUCUCGUGUUUGUCGUCUCGCCGCCGAGUGGCGCCAGACUUUCCAUUUGGAUGCGGUGGUCGACGUCGUCUGUUACCGGAGAUUCGGUCAUAAUGAAAUUGAUGAACCCUUCUUCACGCAGCCCAUGUUGUACAAGGUGAUAAAGAAUCAACCAACUGCUCUUGAGAUAUAUGAGAAGAAACUUCUUAACUUGGGCGUAGUGGAAAAGGAAGAGAUUGAUGUUCUAUACAGUAAGAUUAAUACAACUCUUAAUGGAGAAUUUUUGGCUAGCAAAGAUCAUGUUCCAGAUCGAAGGGACUGGCUUUCAGCUAAUUGGAGUGGAAUCAAGUCACCUGAUCAACUUUCUCCUAUUAGAAACACAGGCGUAAAACCAGAGAUGUUGAAGGAAGUAGGCAGGUCAAUUACAAGAAUUCCAGAAAGUUUCACCUCUCACAAAGCAGUGAAGAAAUUUUAUGAACAACGAGCGCAAAUGGUUGAAACAAGAGAAGGAAUAGACUGGGGAUUCGCAGAAGCACUUGCUUUUGCCACACUGAUAGCAGAAGGUCACCAUAUUCGUCUGAGUGGUCAGGAUGUUGAAAGAGGCACAUUCAGUCAUCGCCAUUCCAUAAUUCAUGAUCAACAAACUGGUCAGAAGUAUUGCCCCCUUGACCACGUUGUCCCACACCAGAGACAAGAAUCUUUCAUUGCUACUAAUAGUCUGCUUUCAGAGUUUGGUGUGAUGGGAUUUGAAUUGGGAUAUUCAAUGGAAAGCCCUAAUAGUUUGGUGAUGUGGGAAGCUCAGUUUGGGGAUUUUGCAAAUGGGGGUCAAGUCAUAAUUGAUAAUUUUCUGAGCUCAAUGGAGGCAAAGUGGCUACGCCAAACAGGUCUUGUUCUCUUGCUUCCUCAUGGUUAUGAUGGUCAGGGUCCUGAGCAUUCCAGUGCUAGAUUGGAACGCUUUCUUCAGAUGAGCAAUGAGAAUCCAUUUGUUAUACCUGAGAUGGAUCCAAAUGUGAGGAAGCAGAUUCAGGAAUGCAAUUGGCAGGUGGUCAAUGUCACAACUCCUGCUAAUUACUUUCACGUUCUAAGGCGCCAGAUCCAUAGGGAAUUCAGGAAGCCUCUGAUUGUUAUGUCUCCUAAGUAUCUUCUUCGUCACAAAGAAUGCAAAUCAAACUUGUGUGAGUUUGAAGAGGGCACCAGAUUUAAGCGCCUGAUAAGGGAUCAGAAUAACCACUCUGACCUUCACAAGGAUAUUAGACGUCUCAUUCUUUGCUCUGGAAAGGUGUAGUACGAUCUUAAUGAAGAGAGGAGAAAGAUAAAUAGAAAUGACAUUGCAAUUUGCAGAGUGGAGCAACUUUGUCCCUUCCCAUACGAUCUCAUUCAGCAUGAAUUGAAACGAUAUCCAGUUUGGAAGAUAUCAACGAAGAGUUCAACAAUACAAACACGAAACAUUCAUAUGCAUAUCUUAAAACUAGGGCAGUAAUAUGAGAUUGGAAGCACUGGAAGAACAGUAAAGCUUUUGAAUGGAGGGAAAAGUGGAGAGAAAACUAGGAGGAAAAAUUUCCAAAAAUAAUAAAAAAAAUUUACUAGUUUUAGAAGUUUUCCCUCCUAUUUUUCCUUCCACCCUAUUUAUCUCCUCGUCCAAACGAAUGGUAAGUGUUUCCGAAACAGAAGAGAAAAGGUAACAAGAAAGAAGAAACACGUAAUCAGAAGAUCAGUGCGAAAUCCUAGGUUAUGAACUAACUCGCAUUGUGUUCUUGUCGUUCUGUGCUACGAUGUUUUAAAAUAGAUGCUGAGAUAGUGUGGUGCCAAGAAGAGCCUAUGAACAUGGGAGCAUCUUACUACAUGUUACCUCGGCUAUGGAGUUGCAUGAAGGCAUUGGGAAGAGGAAAUAUGGAAGACAUUAAAUAUUUGGGGAGGGCCCCAUCUGCAGCCACAGCUUCUGGGUUCUAUAAGAUUCAUCAAAUGCAGCAGUCUGAGAUUCUUCACAAAGCAUUCCAUUCCCAACCAAUCGACUGUCCCCUCUGAUCCACCACCUUCCCCCCCCCCCCCCCAAAGAACGAAACAAACCCAGUAUCUAUUGGUGUGUCUAUGAUCUGCGACCAAAUAUGCCUUGCAUGAAUCAUGUAUUAUUAGUGUGGGUAUAAACUCUAAUCAUGUAUUAUACCUUAGAUUCUUUUAUUGACUUGCUUUUAAAUUUUAUUUGAACAAUUUUUUAGAUGAUUUAAAGAUGUAUUGUUUCAAUUCAUAGUAAUAUAGUUAAAUUUUUAUAUUUUGAAUUUGAACAAUGCACAUAAUCAGCAAUGCUGUACACAAAAUUCUUUGAAUUUGUAAAAACCAUUGGCAGCCAAAGCAACUUUUGGUUGACUAAUGCCUUCUGUUUCUUGUUGAUGACA